AUGCCAUCUGGGGUCCAACGCGUCAAUCUUGAACUUCAGCGGAAAUUCGCGAGAGGUGUUCAAUACAAUUUGAAAAUUGUGAUUCGCGGUGAUAGAAAUGUAGGCAAAACCUGUUUAUGGAGACGGUUGCAAGGGUUACCAUUUCAAGAGGAAUAUACAUCUACGGAAGAAAUUCAAGUCGCUAGCAUUCAGUGGAACUACAAAGCGACUGACGACGUUGUAAAAGUUGAUGUAUGGGAUAUUGUCGAUAAAUCCACAAAGAAGCGGGUGUGCGCCGAAGGAUUGAAACUGGCUAAUACCGAUGUCACUGAUUCCAUGGACACAUAUGAAAACACGGCGUGUGAUGCAACAUUUGUUGAUGUUUACAAAGGUUCCCAUGGAGUGAUACUGAUAUUUGACAUAACAAAACCAUGGACGUGGGAUUACGUUCAGAAGGAAUGCGAAAAUGUCCCAAAGAAUAUACCAAUUCUUAUACUGGCAAAUCGACGAGACAUGGGCCAUCAUAGACAAGUGACAGAUCUCCAAUGUUCCACGUUUGUGGAUCUUUUCAAUAGAGAUUCGCCUGAUUCUCCACGCGUUCGCUACACCUCUGCGUCAAUGAGAUACGCAUUUGGAAUGAAAUUUGUUCAUCAUUUCUUCAACAUCCCAUUUUUGUAUCUCCAGAGAGAAACGCUCAUUCAACAGCUUGAGACUAAUAAGAAUGAGAUUGCUUCUAGCUUCCAUGAACUCGACUUCUAUCAAGAAUCUCCCGAAGCUGACUAUGACACUUUCAUUGAAAUGGUUAAUCACAAAAGACGCGAAGUUGCUGAUAAGAAUAGUGUUAACGCUCGAAAAACUAGCAGCCCUGCAAUCCAAACAUCUGGAAGAGUAAUGGGCGGAGGGCAGCCGAUCCCUGGUCAAGUAAUUAUUCCACCAAAGAAGCACUCUCCUUCAGCGCUUCACAAAGAUGAUGAUAUGAAAAAUAUUCGAAAGAGCUCUUUCGAAAUCGUUGGUGAUGAUCUUGACGAUGGAAUGAGAAAUUUCUUGAAGGAGUCAUCGUCUGCGGAUGGACAAACUCACCGUCAGCAAAUUCUGAAUAGCGAUAGUGAUGAGGAAAACAAUAUGGUCACAAAAUUCGAGGAAGAUUUUACCGAAGACAACGAAUUAACCGAAAGAAUGGCGAAACUUGGCGAACAACGAAAGGAGACCGAAAAAACGAAAAGCUUGAAAGUUCAGGUUCCAGAAGGAAAUACAACACCGUUAGCAUUCAAAUUGAAAUUGCAUGAGAAUGACUUGGACUCGCCCAUUAGAGAAGAUAAUGAUAUUUUCAAUAGUAGCGUUCAGGACGAAUCGGAAAUAAUCCAACACUUGCCACAAUUUUCUGAAGAACACUCUGAAGCUAACAGUUCGACUGUGCCAGUGUUAGAUUUAGACGAAUGGCUUGGAAGUGAAGAUCCGUCUCCAAAUUCUUUUUCAGCGGUUGCUGAUCAGAAAAAUGACGAUUCAAGCGAUGAAGAAAUUGGUGUGAAAUUGCCAGAAGCGAGUCCACAACCAACUCAUGAUAUUUUCAAGUUGAAACAAGCAGAAAAAAAUGAAAGACCAAAAAUAUUUGAAUACGACGAUGCACCCAUGCAAAGUAUUUCGCCAAUAAUAAAAAAAAAGAAAACGAAAAAAACUUCAAAGAAAACUGAAGGCGAUAAGACAAAAGAUGGAGAAAAGGAGAAACCGAAAAAGAAAAAGAAAGUCGUCGAGAAGUCAUCGAGAUCAAUUUUGGAAGAUUUCUUGGGCCCGCCAGAUGAUGUAUUAAAGUCUACAGGAGAUUAUGAUCCAUUGUGA